AACGUCGUGCGGAGCGCAUCUCAGCGGAGUAAGUCUCGCAGUUUUUCCGGUCAAAACACUUGUUCACCCCCAAAAAUCCCCCAGAGAGUGACAUUACACGGUUUAGUGAAUGAAACAAUGCCCGGUGAACGGUAAAAAAUCUCGUGAGUCGUCCGAGUUGACGAGGGGCUCGAAGCUCCUCAGGAUGAUCUUGAGAAGUGGAGCUGAGCUGUAAUUGAUUGUGAACCUGUGAGAAUAGAGAGACGUUCAGAAUGUCUAUGGCAUCGAUUGAGACCAUGGGAUCGAUCAAGGAUGGCCCGGAGAGGAAGCUUGUGAAUCUGAACCUGAUAUCCCUUAAGUGCCUGCUCUUUCUCUUCUUUGGGGGAAUGGGCUGUUUAUUUCCGUUCCUACCUCUCCACAUGGUCAAGGUUGGACUGACCCUCGAGGAGGCGCGACUCGUCUCCAUGAUAUCCCCAGUGAUAGCAAUAAUUGGUCCCCUGAUUGUUGCACCUGUGGCUGAUAAACUGGCCAGUCGUCAAGGGAAAAAACCCUCGACAGGUCAAUAUCUUCGAGUUAUGAUAGCCAUCGUCUGCUUCCUCUCAGCAGUAUUCUACUCAUUACUUCUACUUGUGCCCAUCGUCGAGAGAAUAGAAUUACCCAAGGAAAUGAGACCAACAUUGAAGUUUGCUUGUGACAGGGAAGGGGCGACGAUCUUUCAGGAGAGGAGCAGCGAGUUCUCCACUUGCUACAAUUGGACGAGUGACAGCCGAGUCUGUGGAAUUCUACUCAGGAAUUGCCAUUAUGAGUGUCCUCCCACUGUUCCUAUUAGACAGAGUAUUAGGAAUAAGGUCGUUAACCUUAAGGAGAGUAAACUUGGGCUGGAUUUGGAUGGGACUGGAGAUUUGUCGGUUAAACCACUCGAUUUAACGAAUGACGAGGUUGAAUGGAGAAAAAAGGACCCACACAAUGGGCUGGACUCCCCGAAAUACCGAAGAUACGUGUCAGCUGAGAAAUCACCCCCUCACCUGUGCUUCGACAAUGGGAAAGAGCGCGUGUGUCACGUGUACACAAACGCCUCAAAGAGCCUGUCCAUCCAUGCGAGCUUCCAGGUGGCCAGCAACGCACGGCAACGGGACGACUGGUGUGCCUAUCCCAUCGCCGAGAGCCACUGCAGAAUACCGAAGGAUUUAGAAACCAUCUACAAUGGCUCGUGCACAGUCGAGUGCGACCUCCUCGAUCCUUCCAUGCUGCAAGGAAGUAUAGACACAGAGAAUCAGUGCAGCCAGGUUGCAGGUGACCCGGACAUGACCUUCUGGAUGUACAUAAUAAUCCGUUCGAUAGCCGACAUGUUCCCCACAGCAGCAGUGGCUCUGAUUGACGCAGCAGUAGUGAUAGCGACCCGUGAAACCUCCUGUGGACGUGGUGACGUGGGCAGGCAAUUGGCCUUUGGUUCACUGGGUUUCGCCAUUUUCGGCUCUCUCUCGGGAUACUUGAACACCCUGACAAGCCUCAGACCACCCUACCUCCUGCCAAUAGUCCUCCACGUCGGUCUGAUGAUCCUGGCGUCGAUGGUGGCCCUGUUCUCCAGGGGAAUGCCCCUGAGCCCCCCCGAGUGGUGGUGGCACACGAGAUCGGGCAUGCUGGCUGUUCCAAUGAGUGCAGUCAAGCGAUAUGGGAGUGAAACAGCUGCUCUCGUCCUCGUGCUGAUGGUCCUGGGAACAUUCUGGAGUACAAUGGACUCGUAUCUACCCCUUCAUCUGGCUAAUCUACGUGCUGAUGCUCUCACUAUUGGGGUCAUCCUCACGAUUGGUGCAGUACCUGCGGUAUUCUUCCUCUGGAGGUCAGAGCAUCUUGUGGACUACUGUGGCCACAGCAAUCUCCUCAUCAUUGCAUUCACCAUGUAUAUCGUGAGAUUCACUGGACUCAGUCUCGUCAACGAUCCCUGGUGGGCCCUUCCUGCCGAGGCCUUCGAACUAUUCACCCUUGGCAUCAUGUGGAUCACUGCCAUUCUCUACCUGAGGCACCUCAUCCCCAGGCAUCUCACUGUCACUGCACAGGCACUACCUGUUGUCGCACAUUUCUGCGUGGGACGCAGUCUAGGUGCUCUCAUUGGAGCCUACAUGGACUUUGGGGAGACUGAUGUUGACUCCCUGAAGUUCAUGUAUCAGUGCAUGGCUGUGGCUGCUGCCAUCGUAGCUGUCCUCUACUUCGUCGUUUAUCAUGGGAUUCUCAAGCCCAGGUGUCAUGCUCAGAAUUUACAAGGGGCCAGGAAUACACCGUCUGUGGUUCAAGGUAUGAAUGGAAAUGGGCGUUAUACACCACUACGAGUGUAUCACAAUGGAAUGGGAAAAAAGGGACAAUUUCGAUAUUAAGACAUGGAUAAUUGAAUGGAAUGAAUUCUGGGCAGCUUUGAGUGGCCUCGACGAAUGUCUCUCUUGCUCCCAGCAAGAUUGAGUCACUUUGGAGAGGGAUGAAAACUCGAGGGGCCCUAGUAUCACUUGGCUCAUCCACGGUCGUCCGUUCAAUCGUGGAUUGAGCGCAAAGGAAUGGACUUUGCUAAAUUCUCAGAGAGUAUCACGUGAAUCGUAGAUCCCUAAGAAAUUAUUUAUUGUCACAUCUCGUGCAUUUCUACUAUCAAUUACGAAUGAAUAUUUUUUUAUACCCUACGAAAUGUCAAUCAACUCCAGAAUCUGAUGCAUGAGGUUGUAUUUAUUUAUUUAUGAGGAUGAAAAAUUUUAUUAUUCAUUUCUGAAAAUGAAUCAUGUCCCCUGUGUGCAGUACCUUUUCUACUUGAUAUCCCAUUUUUACACAUUCAGAGUCAAUAACGAAAAAUUAUGUUAUUAAUGUGUAUUUUUUUUUACUGUAUAAGGAGUUAUGAAUAAAUUUAAAUGGUCU